AUGACCAGAACCCAGCAUCACAAGUCCCAUACUGAGAGCUGCAGCCUCGCCGGAAAUUGCAGAGUCGGCGUACAAGAUGGUCUUGAGCUCUUCGUAGAUAGUCUCGUCUCCAAGAGCCAUGGCAGCGACUCCGAGACCAAGACAGGCACCGUGCAAAAUGAUGUCUGUGUUCUUGUUGUCUGCAGAGUUGCUAUUGUCAACCACAAUCUUGCGCAAAUAAUCUGUCACCUCACCACCAUGACCGGCAUAGAUGAAACCCAAUCCAAACAGAGAUCCACCGUUGGUGUAUGCGGAAGGAGUGCUUCCUGGCAGGUAUGGUUGCAACACAGAACGACCUUGCGACAGAUUUCCCUUGUGGAUCACACCCAAAGCUGCAGUGGCGGAGAACUUGGACCAGUUAUUGGCCUUCCCGAGCCACUCAAGGUUGGAUCUAAAGAACGAGUCGUCAGUGGUUCCCACGUGCAUGAAGGCAUUUUGGAAAGUCACUGCAGAGUGGAAAAUGGAGUUUCUUCCAUCCAGCACUUUUUUCGACGUGUUGAGAAUCGAAAGAUCGGUGUUGUUAUUGUUGGACAGGAACGUGAUGUCAAAGUCGCAGGUUGGCACGCCCGAAAGGAUUCUUCUAAGCUUGAUGAUGUUUUUGUCCUCCUUGUCCAAGGAUGGGUCAGCGUCGAGAAUCUCGGUUGUCUUUGUGAGCAACUCCUGGGAGGCCACGCUGACGAGGUCGAAUGCUAUUUGGAAAGCAAUGAGCACUUUCUCGCUCGAUUUGAGCAAAUCCUUGAAAAUCCUGUGCACCAGCUUGAAGUCGUUCAGUUGGACAAUGAUUUUGGUGAUGAUUGUGUAGUCUGGGUUGGCCAACGAAACAAGACUCAAGACCAACGAGUUCAGGAUCUGGGUCCGGAAAUCGAUGUCGUAGGACACUGUGGUGCAGCAGGUGAGAACGUAGCUUAUGAGAUUCAUGAUGAGCUCGUCGUUCUUGCCUUGGCUGACCAAGUCAUUGAGGAUGGACUUGACGAUGUCCAAUCUAUAACUCUCGAGGGCAAUUCCAAACGCGAGCUUGUACUCGCCUUCUAA